AUGGAUCCGGAAAACGAAAAGAGGAAGACUUCCGUCGAGGAUUCAACGACGACAACAACAACAAAACAAGAUGAGGUUGAAAAGCAGGCACAGCUAAGCGAUUUAUGGCGCGCCUUUCAAUUCGCCGACCGACUCGAUUGGGUUUUAAACGCCAUCUCCCUUAUUUGUUCCAUCGCGAGCGGUGCCGCAAUGCCUCUGAUGACCAUAGUAUUCGGAGAGUUCACAGGCCGUUUUGCAGACUUUGCUGGAGGCUCUGUCGACCCUGACGACUUCAAAACCGAGGUCAACUCGUUCGUUUUGUGGUUCGUCUACCUCUUUGUAGGAAAGUUCGUUCUCUCCUACUUAGGCACAAUCGCUAUCACGAUAUCCGGCAUCCGAACAACACGCGUACUUCGACAACGAUUCCUCGAGAAACUCCUACGGACUGAGAUAUGGUACUUCGACACCGCCAAUGUCGGAUCUCCUGCGACCCAGAUGACCACCAAUGUAACACGCAUAAACCAAGGUAUCGCCGAGAAGUUGUCGCUUCUGGUACAAGGACUUGCCAUGUUUGUCUCGGCCUUUGUGGUAGCUAUUGCAGUCCAAUGGAAGCUGGCUCUCAUUACCCUUACUGUCGUGCCCCUUUUCUUCAUCAUCAUGGGCAUCGGCAUGACGCUUGAUGCUCCCAUAGAAGCAAAGGUUACGGGCACUUACUCUAAAGCCAACGUCUUUGCACAGGAAGUUUUGACUUCUAUCCGAACUAUCCACAGCGUCGUUCUAUCUGUUCUUCUUGCUUCGUCUUCCAUUGGCCUUCUUUACCCUCAGAUACCAGCUCUUGCCAAUGGAGCAGCAGCAGCAUCCGAGCUUUUCAAGAUCUUUGACAAGCCUUCUUUGCUCGACCCUCUUUCCAAUGAAGGACACGUUCCUGAAUCAUGCAACGGACAUCUUCAGGCCGAGAAUGUUUCGUUUUCCUACCCUUCACGGCCAGACACACAGGUGCUGAAAGGUAUCAACUUGAACAUUCCAGCCGGCAAGACUACGGCAUUCGUUGGUGCGAGCGGCUCGGGUAAGAGUACGAUUAUUGGGCUACUGGAGAGAUGGUACGUCCCGUCCUCGGGACGCCUACUACUCGAUGGCGUGGAUGUCUCGACACUUAAUGUCAAGUGGUUUAGAUCCCAGAUGGCUCUUGUUCAACAGGAACCAGUGCUUUUCAGGGGUACCGUCUUUGAGAACGUUUCAAAGGGUUUUACCGACAGUCAGAAAGCUCUUCCCAUGGAGGAGCAGCGGAGAAUUGUUCAAGAAGCGUGCGAAGCCAGCUAUGCUCACGAGUUUAUUCAAAAUCUUGAAAACGGCUAUAACACCUACCUUGGCGAGCGAGGGGGGACAUUGAGUGGCGGUCAAAAGCAAAGAGUUGCCAUUGCUCGUAGUAUUGUCUCCGACCCAAAGGUUCUGCUCCUAGAUGAAGCUACCAGUGCUCUUGAUCCCAACGCCGAACGAAUCGUCCAGAAGGCCCUGUCACGCGUUUCUCAACAACGAACAACACUUGUCAUUGCCCAUAGACUGUCGACUAUCAAGGAUGCUGACAACAUUGUGGUCAUCUCUUCUGGGCAGGUUGUUGAGCAGGGCACCCAUGAGGAGCUCCUUGCGCUUGACUCCCAUUACGCUCGACUGAUUCGUGCACAGAACCUUGCUGUGGCCGAACAGGAGACCAAGGCUGAUAUGAUUGCCAAGGAGGACUCUGAUGCAUUCGAUACAGACGACAGUGUGCGCCGUGUUAUGACAGCGCAGACUCACAAUUCUAUGGCAGCCGAGGGUGGGGACUCGAAGCCUAAGGACCGAUCUAUUCUGACGAGCAUAUUCCUCGUUGUCAAGGAACAGAAAGCGCUUCGUCUCUAUAUCAUCAUAUCCGCCCUCUUCUGUAGUAUAGCUGCGGCGACAUGGCCUGGCCAAGCUAUUCUGUUUUCGCGAAUUAUCAGUGCUUUCUCAGUUGAGACCUCUGCUUCGGAUGUCAACUUCUACGCUCUCAUGUUCUUUGUCAUUGCGCUUGGAAACCUGGUAGCGUAUGGUGUUAUUGGUUAUAUCGCUAACCACAUCGCACAAACCAUCUCAUACCAGUACCGUCUUGAGCUGUUUACUCGAAUGGUUGGACUCGAUAUUGAGUUCUUUGACCGUCCAGAGAACUCUUCUGGUGCCUUGGCGUCUAUUCUGUCCUCGACACCUACGCACCUACAAGAGCUUCUUGGGCUAAACUUGUUCGUUCUUCUCGUCAUGGCUGUCAAUAUCACUGCCAGUUCUAUUCUUGCAAUUGCGUACGGGUGGAAACUUGCUCUUGUGAUGGUUUUCGCUGGAUUACCGCUACUUAUGGGAUCUGGAUACUUCAAGGUCCGCCUCGAGUCAAGACUACAUGAGAGUAAUGAGUCGAGAUUCCGAGAGAGUGCAAGUCUUGCCAGCGAGGCUGUUUCCUCACUUCGAACUGUCACAUCUUUGACCGCCGAGACAGAUUUUAUCACGCAGUAUUCCGAAACCCUUUCCAGCAUUGUCAUCAGAUCUAUCAAGUCACUGUCUGUUUCGAUGAUUGCGUACGCAUUCUCACAGUCGAUUGAGUUCCUUGUCAUGGCUCUUGGGUUCUGGUACGGCUCGCAACUUAUGGCGUCUGGCGAGUAUAGUUCGAACCAGUUCUUUAUCAUUUUCUUGGGAGUUUUAUUCGCGGGACAGGCUGCCGGUCAGCUAUUUGCAAACUUGACUAGUCUCACCAUGGCCAAGGGUGCAGCCAAUUAUUUGUUCAACCUCCGAGACGAAAAGCCCGUCAUUCGUGAGACUGAUGGCAACAAGGAUAUGGGGCCUGAUUUUGAUCAACAUGUUGGCGUGAAUGAUGUACACUUCAAGUACAAGAGCCGAAGCACAAAGGUUCUUCACGGCUUGUCUAUGGAUAUCAGCCCGUCUCAGUUUGUCGCCGUCGUCGGCCCCAGUGGCUGCGGUAAGUCAACUUUGAUCGCCUUGUUAGAAAGGUACUACGACCCAGUUACCGGAAAGAUUUGUGUGGGUGAGCAAGACAUCAAGGACAUGUCACCUAGACUUUUCCGUUCUCAGAUGUCCAUGGUUCAACAAGAGCCCAUUCUAUACGAAGGAUCUGUGAGAGAAAACAUCUUGAUGGGCCUGGACGGCGAUGUCACAGACGCAACCGACGAAAGACUCAACGAAGCAGCCCGACAAGCUAAUAUCCUCGAAUUUGUAUCCUCACUGCCCGAAGGAUUCAACACUCCCUGUGGUGCUCGCGGCACAGCCUUUUCCGGUGGCCAGCGUCAACGAAUCGCCAUUGCACGAGCUCUUAUCCGCAAACCCAAGUUAUUGCUCCUUGAUGAGGCCACUUCAGCACUGGACACCCAUUCUGAGAAGCUGGUUCAAGAAGCCCUCGAGCAAACUAGGAAGGAGAGUGGCUGCAGUGUGAUAGCUGUUGCCCACAGACUGUCAACUAUUCGAGAUGCAGACAUCAUUUUUGUCGUUGUCGGCGGCAAGGUGGUUGAAGCCGGAACACAUGAGGAGCUCCAGGCCAAGAAUGGUGUUUAUGCGGAUAUGUGCAAGGCCCAGUCUCUUGACAGAGAGACCGGCGACUCGUAG